AUGAAUCAUUCACCAUUUUUUAAAAAAAUUUUUAAUGCAGAUCAGAAAAAUUAUGUUCAUGUAGAAUAUUUUGAUGGUUGGCUUAUAAACUCUCUCCAAAGUCACGAAAUAUCUGAAAUGCCUUUUUUAAGUCGCCACACUAUUAAUAAUUUUAACAAUAAAGAUUUUGUUUAUACAAAUCAGAUACUUGGACAAUUAUUGGUUUUUAAUUAUUCAAGAACACGUUUUAUCUACUGGAUCAACACAUACAUCGGUGGGACUAUAGCAGAAGCUGAAUACUUGUAUGACGUUUUAAAAAAAUAUACAACAGCUGAACCGGUGAGAGAAGGAAAUGGGAGUAUUGUAUAA